GCUACGAGCUGCAAACCCGAAGUGAGGCGAACACAACCGAUUGGCUGAUAGAUCAUUGCCGGGAUUUGACGUCCCUAGACACAAGUAACAAUAUAUAUAUAGAUAUAGGCUCUCUACCUGUCAUUGUUCGUGAAGUGCAGUAUCUGUUGCAGCAACGGUGGUAAACAUGUUUGUUUACAUACAAAAGAACAUAUUUAGUCGGAAAACGUGUCCUGCUUGACAGCUGUGGUCCCAAGAAUUGAUUUUGUAGAACUGAACUAUUAGUUCAUGAAACAAAAGGAACUACACGAUUAAAAGUCUAAGGAACUGCAAUUCAGUGUAGAGGACUAUGAGGAAAUCACGGGGUGCAUCAAGAACACCUCCACUGUCAGUCGCAGUUCGUGCUGGCGAUGUCAAUGCUGUCCGGAAAUUGCUCAGGGAAGGAGAGAGUCCAAACGAUUUUGAUAACCGCGGCUGGACGCCACUGCAUGAGGCAGCUGCAGGAGGGCAUGUCACAUGUGCUUUAUUGUUGCUGCAUUUCGGGCAAGACAUUAAGGAUGUAAUAACUCAUGAAGGAGAAACACCACUUUUCCUGUCUGUUAAUCCAGACUCUAAACCUGAUGUAAUUAAAGUUCUUCUGAACCACUCAGCAGAUAUGAAUCUUGGCAACAAUGAACGGUCCACACCAUUGCAUAAAGCUUGUGAGCUUGACUUGGUAGACCGUGCCCACCUGCUUUUAGAGUCUGGUGCAGAUAUCAAUGCUGCAAAUAAUAAUCAUAGCCGGCCUAUUCAUGAAGCCAUCAAAAGAAAAUCUGUGGAAAUGGUCAACCUGUUGGUGAAAUUUGAGGCGGACCUGAGCUUAAGAGAUUCAGAUGGGCGCACACCUAUCAUGACUGCUGCUUACAUGGGCUUUCAUGAGGUCCUUAAAAAAUUGAAUACGCCAGAUUUAAACAUAAUUAAUGAGAGUCAAUUUGGAGAGUCCUUAGGAGACACAGCACUGAUGUUGGCUGUUCGAAGAGGCUGUUUAAAAACAGUUGAAGUCCUUCUUGAGAUGGGUGCUGAUGCCAACAUUGUGAGGGAAGACACUCAACAAACAGCACUGCACCUUGCUGCACGGCGUGGUGACCCAAGGAUUGUUGAACUCAUCAUAAAGGCAACAGAGAUGGAAAAAGUGGCACUGUGCAAAAAUCCUUUAAUAAAUGCAAUUGAAAGCAUGCAAGUGAAAACGAUUGAAUUGCUAUUGGAGUGGAUGCAUGCCCAUCCACAUUUAGUAAGGAAGGUCAUUGAAUGCGAAAGUGGGGUAUUCGCGCAAGAUUACAAAGUGACUGGUCCUCUCUCGUACCUACUCUACUACAAGGCUGACCACAAGGAAUUAUUGCCUGUGCUGCAUCUGCUCCUUAAAAAUGGAUGUCCGGCAAAUGUGUCCUCCAUCAAUGAAUUUCCACCAUUAACAGCAAUUACAGCUUCAUCAGCACCUAAAAGAAUAAAGAAAGAAUGUAUUGAGAUUCUUUUAGACUAUGGUGCUGAUGCUGACCACCCAUUCCCCUGGUAUGCAAAGAUGUACCCCCUAUCCUUCCUGCCAGCAGCCUGGUAUUAUGCAUUGCGUCUUCACCCAGAUGAAAACUGGUUGAUCAGGCUGCUGAUGUCUGUAAGCAAAAAAUGUGACCCUAAUACGCUACUCUCAGUAGUGUAUGUUUAUGCAUGUUAUAAGACAAUGCUGGUUGAUGAAGAACUAUGUGCAUGUAGGUCUACACUUCAGCAUACAUUGGAUUUAGCUCUUGAACUAGGUCCCUCAGACUAUUCCAUGAUGUUCAGCAUUUGGGCGAAAUUUAGGAAAUCAGGACUGUCUGGAGAAGGACUAACUGGAGAAGGAGUGCAAAACCAGCAAGAAGAAACUGCUCAGGAUGAUUUGAUUGUUCCAGAAAUGUUAACACCAACACCACUCGCAAAGCUAUGCCGUAUCUUAGUCCGCAAACAUUACUCUCUAUCAGCUCUGAGGAAAUAUGAUAUGCCUAGCAUUGUAAAUGAUUUCCUGAACUAUAUGUUCUGAUUUUGGGCUCUCUUUUGAAAAUAUAAUUUAUCUGCUGAGAAAAAAUUAUAUUGUAUUACACAAAAUACACUCUGUUUCCAGUAUAUUGUGAUAUUAAGGAUUGAUGUUCAGAAUUUCCAUUCUCAUUUUACAUGGUGUGAAAAUAGAAUUUCAUGUUAGCAUGAGAUGUGAUGUAUUGUGUAGCAACAUAAUGUUAUGUAAAUUGUAUGACAUGUGUGUGUGUGUGUGUGUGUCCUUUAUUACCACUAAAAGUUCUGGUUAAUAACCAUCAUCACAGUAUAAAAGUUCAUAUAAUAUUUAUGUGUCGUGUGAUUGUCAAUAUGUCAGUGAGAUAACUUGAUACAUAACUAAUAUAUCAACUUUUAUACUGUUUUGAUUACUAUUAAAGUUAUUCCGAACUCUGAAAAUGAGUUAUUCAAGAAAUACAGUUGAACAAAAAUAGUUACAUGUUGCGGAUUUUGUGUGUCUGUGCAGGUUGAAUGAUGUGCCCUGCUUCAAAAAAACUUCAAAAAAUGUUUCAUUAUUUUACUGCUAAUAACAUUAUUCCUGACUCUGUAAUUUGAUUGUUUCAAGUAGUUUUGGAUAAAAAUAGUUGUAUGUUGCAGAUUUUGUGUGUCUGUCCAUUUUGAAUCAUGAAGUUAUUCCAUGAAAAGUUCCAGGCCAUUAGUAUUUGUUGUAUGUCAUCGGAAGAUUCUGUGAACUGUUAAUGCAUUGACAAAUGGCUGGAAUGGUUAGAAAAUAAAUAGAAAACAGUUCCUGGUGUAUUCGUUGUUGCAUGUCCACGGUAAUAAUUUGUUUUAAUUCUUUACGAGACUACUACAUGUCAGUAUGGGAAAUGAUCACAAACUGGUUGUCCAAAAUGUGCCAUUUAUUUAACAAGACAUGUUUUGGGAUGGUGUGAUCUGGUUAUUAAGUUCUAUAAAGCAAGGAAAACAUGAUUUACUACUACACAUCAUGUAACAUAAUAAAAAUUAAUACUCGUUGAGGCCCAAUCAAAAAUUAUAAACAAGUAAUUAACAUGCAUUAUGUAACAUAAUAUUGUAAGUGUAAUAAUGUGAAGUAAUGAUUUGUAUUUUACAUGUUUUAUAGAACUUGAUAAUGGGAUCAUGUCAACCUGAAACAUGUUGUGUUAAAUAACUCAACAUUUUGGAUGAGUGAUACAGAAUAAUGUCUGUACUGUUAUUGUGAUACGGUUGUACUGUGGCUACACAACAGAUAAUUGUAGAUAUCUUGUGUCUUGCCAGGACAGUGUUAAUGUAUAGAGAAAGGUUUUGAGCAAAUCUCAAUUCAAAAAUGAUGUAGCUUGUUUGUGCAAAAAUGUGUCUGCUGCAAUUGAAUUAUUAGCUAUCAGUUUAAAAUUGCUUUCUUCUCUAUUAGCAGAUUACCUCUUAAUCAGACUGAGCAUGAAUAUGUGUAUGCACUAUAUUCAAUAUAUUUUUUUAUUCAAUUAAUGAAGUGCUUAAAAAUUGUACACCAGAUAACAGAUUUACAGCAGCUAUGGAAUCAGGUGAGAAAGCUUAGGAGCAAGUCAGAAAUCUGAAUAGCAUUGGUUUUAACAUUCUUAAAAUAUCUUACUGAAAUAGUUAUAUGCUUGAGUGAACAUGAAGAGACAACUAUUUUUCAGCAUAGUAUUUGUUUAAAAUUAAUAUCACACAAGUAAAGGCUAGACUGCUGUAUGACAAAUUUGAAAUGGAUGAAGGAAAGUUAAUAGCAUAGAUAGAA